GUGUCGCCGGCGCCGCGGAGCUGCUGCUCGGCGCGUUCUGCACGAAGAUGGCGGCUCCCACCGUCAGCAAGGCAGCCUCGCUGGGCUGCAACAACAAGCCUGCGUUCCCGGAGCUGGAUUUCAGGUCGGGAGCCCGGGUGGAGGAACUGAAUAAACUCAUCCAAGAAUUCACCAAGCACGACCAGCGGGAAUACGACGACCAGAGAGCGCUGGAGAUCCACACCGCCAAGGAUUUCAUCUUUUCCAUGCUGGGAAUGGUACAAAAACUGGACCAAAAACUUCCGGUGGCCAAUGAGUACCUGUUGCUCUCCGGAGGAGUGCGGGAAGGUGUGGUGGACCUGGACUUAGACGAACUCAAUGUCUAUGCCCGGGGCACUGACUAUGACAUGGACUUUACCCUUCUGGUGCCAGCCCUGAAGCUGCAUGACCGUAACCAGCCUGUGACCCUCGAUAUGCGCCACUCAGCCUUGUGCCACUCCUGGCUGAGCCUGCGGCUCUUUGACGAGGGGACAAUCAGCAAGUGGAAAGACUGCUGCACCAUUGUGGAUCACAUCAAUGGUGCCACCAACUACUUCUUCUCCCCCACCAAAGUGGCCGACUGGUUCUACGACUCCAUCAGCAUUGUCCUAUCAGAGAUCCAGAAGAAGCCCCAGCGAGGGAUGCCAAAGGUGGAGAAGGUAGAGAAAAAUGGGACCAUCAUCUCCAUCAUUCUGGGGGUGGGGAGCAGCCGCAUGCUGUACGAUAUCGUCCCUGUGGUGUCUUUCAAAGGCUGGCCUGCGGUGGCCCAGAGCUGGCUGAUGGAGAACCACUUUUGGGAUGGGAAGAUCACCGAGGAGGAAGUCAUCAGUGGGUUUUACCUGGUACCCGCUUGCUCCUACAAGGGUAAGAAGGACAAUGAGUGGCGGCUGUCCUUUGCCAGGAGUGAAGUGCAGCUGAAGAAGUGCAUCUCCAGCAGUCUCAUGCAGGCCUACCAGGCCUGCAAGGCCAUCAUCAUUAAACUCCUGUCGCGGCCCAAGGCGAUUAGCCCCUAUCACCUGCGGAGCAUGAUGCUCUGGGCCUGCGACAGACUUCCUGCCAACUACUUGGCUCAAGAAGACUAUGCGGCCCACUUUUUGCUGGGCCUCAUUGAUGACCUUCAGCACUGUCUGGUCAACAAGAUGUGCCCCAAUUACUUCAUCCCUCAGUGCAACAUGCUGGAGCACCUGUCGGAGGAGACGGUCAUGCUCCACGCCCGGAAGCUGUCCUCUGUGCGCUCAGACCCUGCAGAGCACUUGCGUACCGCCAUCGAGCAUGUCAAGGCGGCCAACCGACUGACCUUGGAGCUGCAGCGGCGAGGGAGCACCACCAGCAUCCCCUCUCCACAGUCCGACGGAGGGGACCCCAACCAGCCUGAUGACCGUUUGGCCAAAAAACUGCAGCAGCUGGUGACUGAGAACCCGGGGAAGUCCAUCUCUGUCUUCAUUAACCCUGAUGAUGUCACCAGGCCUCAUUUCAGAAUUGAUGAUAAAUUUUUCUGAGUGUUUUGCUGACUUUUGUUUUCCCCACUCCUGGUUCUAAAACUCUCAUCCCACGUGGCGUGGUUUGUGAUUCUGUCUUUCUGUUUUUUACGUAUCCAGCUUUGAUUGGAUGUGUUAAGGACAAAUUUUAAACUUCCUGGUUCUGAGGGAUCGCGCAGGUUCUGAAACAGGAUAUUACUAUUUCAUAUUCUGCCUCUGAUUUUUGUUGUGAACGUUUUCUAGUCCUCCUCAUGUGGUUUUGUUUGUUAUGUUUUCCCACUGUUUGUUUAAAGGAGAACUUGAGCCAUAGAUGGAAACGCCCAUGAAUCCUGUUGCUUCUUUCUGUUUCGUACUCUGUGCAAAUUUGUUAAUGGGUCUUAGGAAACAAAUCUCUUCCUGAUACUUAAGGAUUCUAUUAUAUAUUUGUUUUAUUUCUGUUUUUAUUUUUCUAGUGACUUUUCAUAACUAUGGAUAUUUGAGAAUCAGAAGUACCUGGGAACUACCUGGCAUGUUGGUUGGAUUUCUCUCUUUCUGACCUGUGGCCAGAACAGCUUCCCCUUUUUCUCCACCAAACCAUGUAAACUUUGAAAGUAAUGCUACAAAUUGUGUUUUGGAGCAGCUUUAUUGAAUGAAUGUAAUUGUCCUCGGAUCAGCAAACAUCGGAGGGUUUGGAGGGUGUGUUUGAUAGCUUCCUGAACAGAAUUAAGGUUUCCAAAUGUUAGUUUUAGAGUAUGUAAUUAUUUGAAGCCUUAUUUAAAUCCUAUUAAAGAACAAUACCAUUAUAAUUGUUAUUUGCACUAAUGAAAUCUUUGCCAUUGUCAGAGUCGUGAUGUGUGUUUCGAUAUAAAUUAACAUCCACUCUUGAAAUGCUCUCAUGUUUCGGUUCGCUCAUUUCUCUCAGUCAAGAGAACAAUUUUUUGCAUUUGUUUAGUUUUCCUUUCACUGUGGGUCCUGUUUUUGCCCUCUUUGAUAUUCCUGGUUUCUGUCUCACUGAGAGAAGUUUUUAAAGCUUUAUACCUGUUCAUUGACACUAUGUAAAGCCGAGAAAGAUAUAUACUUGAUAAAGUAGGUGUCUUUGUAUUUAUUUCUUUUGGGGUUCUAGAGAUAAGCUUUUUAACAAAGGCUCUUUACCUCUCCUGAGCUUUUGAGAAAACUGGCAAGAAAAAAUUAUUAUCCCCAAAUAGAUGAUACCAUGGCUGCUCAAUAGCAGGGUUUACUGCAGAGCAGGAACCAGGAAAUAUCUAUGGGUGGCAGCAUUGGAUAAAGCUGUCCUGUCUUCAUAAUGAAAUUACUUUUCAGAUUUAGGUGCUGCAAGGCAUUGGCUCCCUGUUUUGGUUUGGACUCGAGGUAGACUGGUAAUUGAGGAGUCAAGGAGCCGGCCAAUCUCCCAAAGGAUGCCCACAAUAUCUAAUGGAUAUUAGAUAAUGCUAAUGGAAAAGUCAAGCAACAUAUUGGUUUUAUUCUUGAAUGUCCAGGCUCAUAGUUUUUGGAUGAUGGCCAUUUGGAAUCAGGCAUAUGUGGUCUUGGGUUUUUGCAUGGGAAUUAAUGUAAUGCUUAUAAAAUGAAAAUGAAAUCAUUCAACAGUCUUAAGUGAGACACAAAGAUAAUAAUAAAAAAGAAACAUACUGGCCUUGAAAUUUUGCUGUUGUUGUUAUUCAUGUGCAAUCCCAAAAUUAUUUUCUUAGUGGUAAUAGUGAUUUCCAGUAAAUACAGCUGUGGUCUUUCAGAGCAAAUGUUUUUGUAGUGAACAUUCAGUAUUCAUUUUUCCUUUCCCCCAAGUUUCCUGCCAGUAUCUACUCAUUGUCCAUGUAAUUUAUGGCCUUCUGAGAAAACAGCUUGAUUACCAGCUCCAGGCAAGCCUCGUCAUUGGAAGAUCCAAUCGACAUGAACCAUCAUUUCCUUGAACAUAAAGAUCAGUGAAAGACGCAUGAUGUAAGCUGCUCUGGUCAUCCACAGGCAGUGCGUUCAUUCUGUGUUGGAAUUACGGGAAGGAGUGCACUCUCCAUGCAUAUAGAAGCAGCCUGUUGACUUUGAUUGCUACUCACAACUAUCACACAGUCAUCACUAAAACCAAUCAUAGGAUAAAGCUGAUGUUGAAUGGCACUGU